AUUAUACCUAAAAAAUGACUUCAAGAGCAGAACCCGCCUCCUUCAGUAUCCCUAAAAGCCAGAUUAAGGAACUAGUUCAGCAGUACUGUGAUAGGAGGAAUAGUGAAGAAGUCUGGUGGUUUUUGAAUGUUUUUGGGAGUACUGAAGAGAUGUUGAGGGGGUAUAAGACGAGUGCGGAGAAUGGGAUUUGUGAUCAAGAUGGGUUUGUGGCGAGGGAGAGAUAUUUUGGGAAAUAAUGUGAUUGAAAGUUUUGACCAGAAAGGGUUUGUGAGGUCUUUGUGAGAGAAUAUGAAUGAUAAUGUCAUUAAACUUAUGGUUUUCUUCUCGGUAUUUUUAGUGAUUGCUUCGCUUUUUGAGACUUUAGGUGCUACUUCAGGUCAUGAAAUUUGUGAGAACUGUAGUGAGACUAAGAGCCUUCUAAAUGCCUCACUGUAUCUAAUAUUGCUGUUUGGAAUAAAUAUUUUUUACACAAUCAAAGAUUUAAAGCUAUGGAAGGCCCUACUAAGGUAUCAAUAUCUUCCAAAAGGAAAAACGCAAUACGAAGUUGUCAGAAAUUCUCAAAAAAUGCUUGUAAAGGUGCAAGAUCUCAAAGCUGGAGAUAUCGUUACUAUUGAAGGAGGGUCCAGAAUUCCUUGAGAUGCAGUGUUAAUUCAAGGAGAUAAUGUUAAAGUUGAAGAAUCAACGAUGACAGGAGAAUCAGAAAGUGUCAGAAAAGAAACUCUAGAAGAAUGAAUUGAAUUUUUACAGAAUAAUAGAAGGAUGGCAGCAUACUCUAGUAGUUAUGAUAACCCAUCUCCUAUUCUUAUUAGUGAGACUACUGUGACUGAAGGGAAUGGACUAAUUUUAUUAUAAUAGCUGUAGGAGAUGAAAAUCAAUACUCAAGACUCUGAAGAUUUUUAACUCUUUAUCAUCCCCCAACUCCUAUUGAAAAAGAGAUAGAAAGAAUAAUAACUAAAUUUUGGAACUUUUGUUGCAUUUUUAUAUUUUUACUAGCUAUUAUUAUUUUGAUGAUUGGAGCUAUCUUCCAUUGGUCAAAUUUUGUGAUAAAAAGAAAUUUCAUUCGAAUUAUGGAGUCCUUGUUGAACCUGAUCAUUCUAAUUCUGACAUUUUUGUAUAUAUCAGCAUGGGGCGAAGUGGGUCAGACCUAUCUAAGCAUGAUUGUAGAAGCUUUAGCUCCACUCCUAGAAAAUAAUAUUCAGGUUGAUAACCAGACUUUUGUUGAGAAAUUUGGAGAAAUAGAUGUGGUAUUAACCAGAACUUCUGGAGUUCUUGAUGAAGGAAAAUUUUCAGUUUCCAAUAUUUACUGAAAUAAAGAUUUCCAAUGAAGAAGCAAGCAUCCAUUAACUCCUUUUAACUUAAUCUUCCCAAAUGAAAAAGUUUUAGAGAAAUUCUUGCAAGACCUCACAUGAAAUACGUAUGGAAAGAUCUAUAGGUCAACUAAAACAACGGAUGCUUUUUCAGAAUUCCUCCAGAAAUAUGAUAUCAGACAAGAAGAGUACCAAACGAAACACCUUGGUGAAGGCCAUCAAGUAUUUCCUUUCAGUGGAGCUAGGAAGAGGGUCUCAACUAUUCUCACAAACAUUGAUGACAAUAUCUAUGGGUAUGAUAAAAGAGUCUUCAGUAAAGGACCUAUUGAGAGCAUCCUUCAAAGCUGUGACUCAUAUAUUGAUUCAGAAGGAAAUUCUCAAGAUCUUACAGAUGAAAAUAGAGAUGAGAUUGCUAAGGAGUCCACAAAAUACUCUGAUAAGGGUCUAAGAAUUCUUGGAGUCGCUUUCCAAGAUCUUAAGGAGAACCAAGGAGGACCAGAUCAUUCUGAAAAAGGAAAAUAUGAAACAUUUUAUGAAAUUGAAGCCUCUGGUCUGACUUUUCUUUGAAUUAUCGCUAUGGAAGAAUCUGUAAAGGAAGGAAUCUCCGACACUAUUGAGGAAUUUGAAGAUAGCUUAGUGAGUGUAAAGAUCCUUGACACUAGAUAUCGCAUAUCGACUCAUUAUUUUGAAGAGGGGUUAGGAAUCUUAUCUCCUGGAACUCACAAUGAAUUGGUGCAUAAUUGUUAUGAAAUUCAAGAGAAGAGCGAUGAUGAACUUAAAGAGAUAUUAAGAUUCACAAAAAUAUUUUCAGCAGUAAGGCCUGGCUCUGAUCACUUCCUGAUUAAAAAGUAUCAAGAAUUUGGGCAAAAAGUAGCUUUUGUCUCUGGUGGCUCGUGUUGAGAUAUAGUACCGUUGAAAGCUUCUGACUGAGGAAUUUGUUGUGGCAAAUCUGGCUCUAUUUCUUCAACUUUGACUUCAGAUAUCAUUCUAACUGAAGAUAACUUUAAUGCUUUACCAAUUCUUUAUCGUUGCAGAAAUAAUUUGAUCAAGAACAUCGCUCAGCAUAUUGAAUGUCUUUUUACUUGUGUUGGAUCUUGAUUAUCAGUCAAUAUGUUACUUAGCUUUUGAGAUAUUGAUUCAAGAGGAUUACUAUUUGGGAAGUAUGUCUUCAGUCCUUUCCAGGUGCUAGUUGUAUUUUCUGUAAUAUUCUAUCUUUCUGGUCACAGUAUGAAAAGCAUAAUUCAGACUGAGCAAGAGUAUGGAGCAGGCAAGCAAUAUUUUGGAAUGCAUUCAAUAAACUGGAUGAGGGGUUUAAUUAUCAUUAUUUUUCAUACUAUGGUUAUUUGAAUGUUCCUAUUUGUUAAAAAUUCAAUGCCUUUUGAUGAUCUAAAUGAGUCAGACACUGAUUUCAGAAUUCAAGGUCUGAUCUUUACAAUUUUCUUCCUUCUGCAGAUGACAAGCAUCAUUAUUCUUAAAACUAGUGAGUCAUCGCACCCUUUUCUGAGGACAAUUCUAGAACCCAAAUACUUCCUAUUGAAAUGGUGAGCAAUAUCAAUAUUUUUGAUAAUCUGUGUGUUUUUGUUAUUGUUUUUCUAA